GGGAGCGGUGGGCACAGCAGCAAACGACACCCAGUCCACAUGGCUGGGGACAGCAAGAUGGCCAGGAGCAUGGCACUGCUCCUGUGGGCCCAGACCCUUGGCCUCGCUGGUGCCCAGACUACCCAGCUCCUUGUGGAGCCCCCCUGGAGGCCAGCAGUGCUGUGGGACCGGGUGACACUGACCUGCCAGGGCUUGGGGACCGCUGGUGCCACCACCUGGUACAAGGACGGGCAGCGCUGGUGGCAGAAGGGACCCGACCACUUCACUGUCACUGAGAGCGGCACCUACCAGUGUGACAGACCCAGCAGUGUGCUCAGCUCCCCAAUGCGCAUCUUAAAUGAGCGUCUUGUGCUGCAGCUGGAGGCACGCAUGCUGAUGGAGGGGGACAGGGUGACACUGCGCUGCCGGGGCUGGCAGGAUGGCACGGUCACUGGAGUACGAUUUUACCACAAGGAGAAGGAUCUGGGGGGGCCUAUCAAAGGGACUGAGCUGUCCCUGUCCCCUCUGCAGCUUCACCACAGUGGCCGCUACCGCUGUGGGGGCUGGGUGAAGUCUGGGCCAUCCCUGUGGUGGGAGAAGUCAGCAGCAGUGACAGUGACAGUGACAGUACAUGUGCCUGUGGCCAAUGCCACCAUCACCCCUGGUCCCCUGUCACACCAGGUGCGCGCAGGUGACAACGUGACCCUGCGCUGCUUGGUGCAGGUGGGCUCAGACCCUGUCACCUUCACCUGGCUGCACAACGGGCAGGAGGUGGCCCGGGGUCCCAUCCUGGAGCUGGGGGACAUCGAUGUGGGACAUUCGGGCACCUACCAGUGUGUGGCCACCAAUCAGCUGGGACAGGACGGGCAACGCAUGUUCCAGGCACUCAGCCCAGAGCUGGCCCUCGAGGUGACCCGUCGCUCACCCUGGGUCACAGUGGCUGUGAAUGCUGGCAGGACCCUCCUGUUCCUUGUCCUUCUCCUGGCUGUCAUCGGGGGCUGUCACUGGUGGCACCACUGGGGAUCUCCCUUCACCACAUCCCGCCAGGUGACCAACAUGGUGCUGUCAGGACCCCAAGAGUGACAACAGGACCCCAGUGACAUCUAUGAGAAUGUGUUGUGACACUGGGGACACUGGGGGCACUGGGGGUCCCUGCCUGAGGACACCCCCUGUGUGUCCCCCCUGCCCCAGCUUCUGUGAGUGCCCACUGUGCCUGGGGGUUGGCCACGAGUGGGAGUCCCAUAUGGCCUGCCCAGAGCUCCCAGUGCUCCCAGUACCCCCAGGGGCUCCCCAUUCCUUCCCCCCAGUGCCAGGGGGCACAGG